AUGUUACCAAAUAUGAAAAUAUUUACAUUUUCAAGUGAGUUUCUACCUAAGUCAUGUUUGGUCAAAGGAAAUGAGGUGAAAUUAUCAACAUCAAGAUUGACACUAUUGGCUUGUACUAUGCCUACCACUACCACAUUUAGUCAUAGUAAUAGUAGUAGUAAUAUUAAUAAUAAUAAAUUAGCUACCAUGUGGAGAGAAAUUCAAGGAUCAAGAAAUUGGGAAAAUUUAGUGAAUCCAUUGGAUUCACUUCUACAAGAGGAGAUUAUUAGGUAUGGUGAGUUUGUUGUUGCAUGUUACAAUGCUUUUGAUCUUGAUCCAAAUUCAAAAAGAUACUUAAAUUGUAAGUAUGGAAAAAAUAGUAUGUUAAGUAAAGUAGGGUUAGGAAAAUCAGGCUAUGAAAUAACAAAGUACAUUUAUGCAACUACAAACAUAAAUGUUUUAUCCAUUGGUCAAAAUUCAUCACCAUCUAGUGGUAGAUGGAUAGGUUAUGUUGCAAUUUCAAAUGAUGAAGAAACUAAGAGAUUGGGCAGGAGAGAUGUGCUCAUCACAUUUCGAGGAACGGUUACUAAUCCUGAAUGGAUAGCUAACUUGAUGAGCACGUUAUCUCCUGCCCGUCUUGAUCCUAGUAACCUCAGGCCUGAGGUUAAGGUUGAAGCUGGAUUUUUGAGUUUGUAUACCUCGAAUGAGGGUGAAAGGUUUGGUCUAACAAGUUGUCGUGAACAAUUACUUUCUGAGAUAGGAAGAGUUAUAAAUAUGUAUAAAAACGAAGAAAUAAGUAUAACUAUUGGUGGACAUAGCAUGGGGAGUGCAUUGGCCCUUUUACUAGCAUAUGACAUCGCAGAAUUAGGGUUGAACAAACAUGCAACCACAAAAAGACGUGAUCAACUAUAUAAAUCAUCAGUAUCAGAGUUGGUAUCAGAGCCAGUAUCAGAGUCAGAAAGUAGCAACAUAUCAGUUACAGUAUUUUCUUUUGGAGGUCCCAGAGUUGGUAACUCAGGUUUUAAAGAAAGAUGUGAAGAGCUAGGUGUAAAAGUAUUGAGAAUCGUGAACGUGAAUGACCCUAUCACAAAGCUUCCUGGUGUUCUUCUAAACGAGAACUUUAGGGUUUUUGGUGGGAGAUACGAGGUACCCUGGAGUUAUUCAUGUUAUACUCAUAUUGGAGUUGAAAUCUUGUUAGAUUUCUUUAACAUGCAAAACCCUUCAUGUGUACAUGACUUAGGAACUUAUCUCAAUUUGAUUAAAAGUCGUCAUCAUCAUCAUCACAAGAGCUUGCAAGUUCAAAGAGGAGAACAUGAAGACAUUUUCUUUAAUAUAGCAAAGGAGUUUUUCCUUUUAAUGCUUUACUAUGGAGAGUUUUUGCCAUUGAUCAUUUGGUGA